AUGAAGAUCGCUGGGGACCUCGCCCGAGGGGCUAGCAUCUUGGCUCUGCUAUCCGUGGCAGAUGCAGCUCUGUGGGAAAAGCCCAUCACGCUCCCUCAGGGAAAGAUCCAAGGUGUUGCAGCUUUCAAUAGCAGCAGUGCCCCAUCUACCAUCCCCAACUGGAAGAAUAUCUCUACUUGGAAGGGUGUUCCUUAUGCCGCCAGCCCAGCUGGAGACAAUCGCUGGAGGCCGCCCCAGCCUGCCCCAGCCUGGAAUGGAACCUUAAAAACCACGUCCUUCGGCCUUACCUGCCCCAGUACGGAAACUGGUGACGAUAUCGGCGAAGACUGUUUAACCGUCAAUAUCUGGAGCCCGGCCACCUCAGCUGAUGCCAAGCUGCCUGUGAUGUUCUGGUCGAACGCCGGUGGUGAGGGAUCCUCUACAUCAACUUAUGAUGGUGGAGGUAUGGCUGGCAAGGAUAUUGUCUUCGUUAGCUACAACUACCGUGUUGGAGCCCUUGGUUGGCUCACUUUGUCCGAACUGGAGAAGGAAACGGGCGCGACAGGAAACUAUGGCCUGUUGGAUUCAAUUGCAGCUCUGAAAUGGGUCCAUGAAAACAUUGCCGCCUUUGGUGGUGACCCUGAUGCCAUCACGGCCGCUGGGCAGUCAUUCGGUGCCGGAGUGAGCUACCAUAUUCUUAACAGCCAUCUCACCAAGGGCUUGAUCAAGGGAGUUAUCGCAGAGAGUGGAAUUAAGGACCCAUACGACCCGAACGUGUACGGAUAUGGCAGCGACUACCACAAUAUGAGCACUUUGCUCGAGUUCAGCAACACGUUCGUUGACUCGUUGAAUGUCACAAGCCUAGCCGAGCUGAGAGCAAUGGAUCUCACGACUAUGUUCACUGCAACUGGGGCAAGUGACUUGAGCGGUUUCGACCCUGCACUGAACUACCAUUCCAUUCCAAACAAGUACAUCGUCAGCUUGGAGGAGGGAGCGCCAAACAACGUCCCAAUUCUGGUUGGCAACGCCGCAGCCGAGGAUGGAAUCGACCUGUCCACCACGUACAACGUGUCGGCGUACGAGGAGGGAAUUAGGUCUUUGUAUGGAAAGUAUGCUGACGAGCUGCUGGCUCUCAACCCGGCGAACACUACUGCCGAGGCCACGGAUGCGUACAAUGCCAUCUUGCGUGCCGGAUUCUGCACCUCCACCUGGUCCUACGCUAAACGAUGGAGCAACACCUCCGACAAGGACAUUUACUACUACUUGUGGAAUUACUCUCCCUCGAGCGGCAGCGGCCCCACUCAUGCCUCGGAGGUUCCGUUCGCCCUGAAUAACUUUUAUGCUCAAUCGUCGACCUACAACCAGACUGAUUAUGAGGUUGCCGAGAAGAUGUCGUCCUACUGGGCCAACUUUGUCAAGACUCAAAACCCCAACAAGGGAGGCUCGGCUACUGAAUCACUGCCUCAUUGGGCUGCUAAUGUUCCAUCGGAAAACAACCAGUUCGAGUUGGGCUACAAGUGGAAGAAGAUUCCCAUCACCCCCAUCGCUAAGGAGAAGAACGUUUUCCUGGAAUACUGGCAGUGGGCGACUCCUAACCCGUUCUGA